UAUAAAUAGGGUGCCAUUCCAGCCUCUGGAAGCCGCUGGCAGCUCAGCCUCCAAGAAGCCACUCCUUUCCGGCAUCAGGGCGCCCGCCAGCCACCAUGAGGGUCCUCUACCUGCUGCUGCUGACACUCUGCCUGCUCGCCUCGCCGCUGGCCGCAGGUGUCAGCCUCCUUACAGGUCUCGGCCAGAGGUCUGACCACUACAUAUGUGCCAAGAAAGGGGGGACCUGCAACUUCUCCCCCUGCCCGCUCUUCAACAGGAUCGAAGGCACCUGUUACAGCGGGAAGGCCAAGUGCUGCAUCCGUUGACUCUGAGCUGGAAGCCACGGCAGAGGACCCAGGGGCCAAGUGAAGUAUUUGUACCCGUUGUUUUAAUAAAAGAAGUUUUUCGAAGCAUACCCACUUCAAACCAAAA